AUGUUCAAGAAACUAUCACUGAUUGCCCUUUUUUCACUGCGCACCUUUGCGCAGGGGGCACGUUGUAAUUGGAAUCUCACGGUGGCAUUCUUUGCCGAUGACCAGCAGGCAUCUUGCGACUCCAACGACACCUCAGAUGCCCUCGUCCUCACGACAUCUAGCAUUCCUACAGGCUUCACUUGCUUCAACCUCACUGACAUCUUCUCUCAAUCCAACGACACAGGGUUUCAAAAUGCCACAAGUCCAGUUUACGACCGGGACGGCGACGUGAUCCAACCGAACGGCAUCGACUGGCCCCUCCAGAAUCCUCAUUCCUUCGACUCCAAGGUGAACUACUCUCGGGUCUGGUACGAGCAAGUUAACCGAACGGGCGACAUGGAAGCUGGAGAAGAUGCUCUAUGGGUAUUUCACAUCUAUGCAUUCCUGGAUUGCCAGCAAAUUGUCGAUGGUGACAAUGUUGGCCAAGAUGACUCCCCUUGGUUCGAGACAAGUUGUCAGACCAACGAGGGUGGCCAAUGCCAGACGGUUCCAUACUCGAUCAAGAGUUUUGCUAUUAACUCGGCGGUGGAGUAUAACGAUCAGCAUGGGCAAUGCGAGGCAUGGGCGUACAAGGGAGGAGCAGCGAAGUUUGGUACUGAUAUUUCUAUAACUGUCCCAGCCUUGGCAUCUGUGGCAGCUCUCUUCCUCACGCUAUAG